GGCUUUGAAAUAAUUUAAUGCUUUACAAUUCCCAACUUAGCAACUAAGGCAGUUAAGCGGAACUGCGUUGACGAUAGGUGUCUGUGAAAUAGAGUAGGCCUACUGGAUAUACUGUAUCAAAACAAACCGUUUUGUGGAUAAUUAUAGCGGGAUAACUUCUGUAUCUAUAGCUUACAUCUACCCAACUGGUGACGCGAUUUUACGAUAGGAAAUCUGGAUAACUAAUAAUCUAUCCAACGUACGGAUCUUACCGCCAAACAUGCCAGAAUCCGGAUCCGAACGCCCCAGGACAAGCCAAAAGGGGCGUCAUAACAAGAUCUAUCGGACCCCGGCGACCCCACCCCCGGAGGAUCUACUUGUUAAGGAGAAGGGGUUUGUUCUGGACUGUAACGCUGCAAGUAGUAUCUCUACGGACUAUUCCAAGACGAACCCCAAACUGGGGCCAGUCAUACCUCCCUACAACUCACAAAGGGAUUCACACGUCGACCCCUACUUUCAGUUCCAGGGCGUUCAGAAGACACUUGCUCUAACUAAACAGGACCCCCCUGGCUGUUCGAUAGAAGGUCCCGUAGCAGAUUAUUUCAAUGAGAAAGGAACCGGCUACCAAUAUUUAUCGUUAAGAAAUAAUUUCGGAGCAGGUCACUCCCGAGAGCUGGUGGACGGACAUUCACAGUUCAUGAAAGGCAUUGAACCAGUAAAAGGGUACAACGGACCAUACGGAUACCGUCGGAAUACACCCUGGCUCAGGGCAGAACCCUCACCGUUCGGAACAGCUAGUCGGUCGGCUACUCAUUGAUAAAUCUCCAUUAGAUUCUUUGUCCAAUGACAUUUGUUAUAUUGAUUUUCUGCUCAACACUGGCCAAUGGACUUCCGCAUGACAUGGUUAGGACAUGACUGUGAUAGCCAAUUGACUGUUGAUUUGUAUUGAUUCAGCUGUGAUAAUUUUACAUCAAUAUGUUUAUUUAUCUACAUGGUAGAACUUUGCCGAUAGAAGUUAGACGGAAUGUUGAUUGAUAUGCAGGCCCCUGUUUACCGUACACCCAUUACAAUCCCUAAUAAAGUGAUAGGGAGCAUGUCACGUGAUUAACUUUCCUUUUGUUCUUUAAUGGAAACAAGACGUUUAAAAAUCAAGCAAUACACUACUCUAUGCUAUUAGGUACAUGUAUUCGUCUCCUUUUGUUUAUUUCUAGGCGAUUUUGACAGUUAGUCAUUCAGACUUUGCCAUUUUACUCCAAAUGCCCUGUUUUUCACAUAGAAGAGAAGAUAUUUUUUUUAAGUUAAUAAUUUUUUAUGUUAUAUCUUUAAAAAAAUCCCUUGUAAUCUUUAGACAAAAAAACAAACUUCGUACUGGAGUAUGUCCGCCUCUGUUAUUAUUUAUCAAUAGCAAGAUGAAAUCAUAUGUGUCGAUUUCUGUUCACUUUGUCGGAUUAAGGAGAUGACGGACAGUCGAGAGUCCAUAAAACUAGGUCACUGAGGCUUAAUUCAUUUCUGUGUAUGUGUCCAUCCUUAGCCGUAAUGAAUACUACCGAUACAAACCCAACAUAUGUCUCAAAAUGUAUUUAUAACUACAGUAAAAAGGGAAUAUUUUGAAUAUUUAAGAAAUUAAUCCCUUACAAUACAUAUUCGAGUGAUGUAUUAUAUAAAUUAAUAUGUUUUGAAAUAUUUAAGUAUAUACUAUCAUUAUAUUAUAUACAUCGAUAUGUAUUCAAGUAUUAUGGUCAUUUUAAAUAACAAAACACUGCUAGAUCUUUAACCCUACUAUAAAAUCGUGUAAAGCAAUGGUUUCAGUUAAUCCGACAAUUGUACCUCAAUUUAUGUUUAUUGUCCGUUUAUUUUGUCCUUUGUACUAUCUAAGUUAAAUGUAUACCGCUGGAACUAAUUCAUCUGGAAUAAUAAAUCCGGAUUUGUGAAUGUCUUCACAUCCGGAAUUGUUCCCGGAGAUGUUCGGUUUAGUAUUGAUACAUUCUAACAUCCGGGUUAGUGAGAUGCUAUGUUUGGUAUGUUUGGGAGUACGUGUACCAGGACUGUGUUUUAGACAAGCUAGAUAAAUGGACGAUAAGGAUAUCCCUGUGAUUGUAUAGAAUAUAUGUUUCAGUAUUAUGUAAUGUUGUAUAUUCCCUCCUGUCAUAUUUUCCCUGACAUUAAAAUUUCAAAUGAUGA